CCUCGACCCAUCAUGCCGCCGUUCCUCCUACUCCUCGCCGCCCUCGCGCUCGCCCCGUGCCUCUGCCAGUCUCAUGGUGGCGGCGGAUUCUACGACCCGGCGCGGGUCACCCAGAUCUCCUGGCGCCCCAGGGCGUUCCUGUACAGCGGCUUCCUCUCGCACGCCGAGUGCGACCACCUCGUCAAGCUGGCCAAGGGGAGACUUGAGAAGUCGAUGGUGGCGGACAAUGACUCUGGGAAGAGCGUCAUGAGCCUGGUGCGCACAAGCUCCGGCACCUUCUUGGCCAAGCGCGAGGAUGAAAUAAUCUCUGGAAUUGAAAAGCGUGUAGCUGCUUGGACGUUUCUCCCUGAAGAAAAUGCCGAGUCGGUUCAGGUUCUGCAUUAUGAAGUUGGUCAGAAGUAUGAUGCCCACUUCGAUUAUUUUACUGACAAGGUUAACCUGAAGCGUGGUGGUCAUCGGGUUGCCACUGUUCUUAUGUACCUGACAGAUGUCAAGCAGGGUGGAGAGACUGUGUUUCCAAAUGCUGAGGGAGGACAUUUACAACUUAAGGAUGAAACGUGGUCUGAGUGCGCAAGAUCUGGCCUAGCAGUGAAGCCGAGAAAAGGUGAUGCACUACUGUUCUUCAGUCUCCAUGUUAAUGCGACAACAGAUCCAAGCAGUCUCCACGCGAGCUGCCCAGUAGUCGACGGUGAGAAGUGGUCUGCCACAAAAUGGGUCCAUGUGCGGUCAUUCGAUAACCCUCCAGAUGUAAUGACGGACUUGCCAUGUUCUGAUGACAAUGAGAUGUGCCCUAGGUGGGCUGCUGUUGGGGAGUGUUUCAGGAAUGAAAAAUACAUGGUGGGCACAAAGGAUACCCUCGGAUUUUGCCGCAAAAGUUGCGGGGUCUGCGAUGCUUGAAACCCCCACCAACCUGAGUUGAAUAUGUUAGCAUAGUGUUAGGCUGUUAGCUGUUUUCGCCACCCUUUCUGAUUUACAGUUAGUGAGAUGUAUAUUACAAAACCAAGUAAGUUACUUGAAGAAUGGCAUAAAUGUUUACUCUUUUGUAUCAUGUAGUUUGACCUCAGAGCAUCUUAAUA